CAAUGUUUCGCUAUUCAAUGAACUCGCUUCGUCACACUUAAGAAUUUUAUCGUUAGAUAAUAUUUUAUAUUGAUGGGAAGGAUACAUAUCUAAUGGUAAAAACUUUUCGGAUUGCUCAAAAUCACAUUAUUUGAUGAGUUGAUUUCAAAUAAAACGAAAUGGAUUAUAUAAAAGGAUUUUUAUUACUUUUCUUUAUACUCGGAGUGGAAUCACAGGAGAUGAAGCCGUGGCAAGAAUGGACUGAAUGCAGUGCAACAUGUGGAAAUGGAAUACAAGAACGAACCAGAGAAUGUGCAAACGGAAGAUGUACGCAAAAAGAAACCAGAGGGUGCCAAAUUAAAAUAUGUCCGGGCGCUGGAGGAUCAGAAUUUGACUCUUGGGAGCCUUGGAGUAGAUGCAGUAAAACUUGUGGAAAAGGAAUACAGGAACGCAAACGUCGAUGCAGUAACGGAACAUGCGUUCACAAUGAAAGUCAAGUUUGUCAGCUGAGGCUGUGUGAAGGGAUUAGUGACACGCAUCUAUGGCCUGAAUGGUCUUCUUGUAGUACGACAUGUGGGCAAGGAAUAGCUACAAGAGUGCGGAAAUGUCCGGAUGAUCAACCAUGCCAACAAAAACAAACAAAAACGUGUUAUUUAUUCUCUUGUAAAACGGAUGAGGAAUCUGCAGUGGAGUAUAAAAAUUGGCAGAGGUGGUCAAAAUGCAGUGCUACUUGUGGAUCUGGAACGAGAAAACGAAUUCGUCGUUGCAAAUAUUCAAAUUGUCGUGAAACUGAAAUAGGAUCAUGUAGGGCGAAACCGUGUAGAGGACAAAAAACACCGGUGCCUCUGAACCAAGUUCUGCAACAAAUAUUAACUGACGGAAGCUUGUCACCGCCAGCUCUAUUCCCAGCUAAAAUUGUCCCCGGGAAGUGGCAACCAUGGCUCCCCUGCAGUGUGACUUGUGGAUUUGGAACCAGAAAGCGUAUCAGAAGAUGUAGAGUUGGUGUGUGUGAGCAAACACAAACGCAACGCUGCGUAAAGCCGCAAUGUGUUGGAACUGGGAUAUUGUCGGAAUACAAACAAUGGCAACCCUGGGCUCCCUGCAGCGCAACGUGUGGCCCCGGGGAAAGGAAGCGCAUAAGACGAUGUAAUGUUGGAAAAUGCGAACAAAUCAUGACAAAAACUUGUUUUGCAUCUAAGUGUACAGGAAAAAGAAGGAAUCCUGUUUAUCAACCAUGGAAGAAAUGGGGUCCUUGCAGUACAACGUGUGGUUGGGGUGUGAGGGUCCGAGAACGUCAAUGUACCCGUCCUCUUAGAUGUGUUCAAACACAGAGUCAAUCUUGUAAUCCGGUCAAAUGUGGUGGCCUACUAAGUGGUCGUAGCCAUGUUCUGAACGAAUUAGCCUCUGGACCAACAACUAAGCCUGAUGAUCCAUUCCAUAAUUGGGGAGAUUGGUCAGAAUGUAGCGUUACGUGCGGAACUGGGAAAGAAACUAGAAGACGACAAUGUAAAGUCGGAGGUUGUGUCGAAAUAGCAGAAAGAUCAUGCCGCAAAAGUUGUUUAGCUGAACCUGACCCGAAACCAAUUACUGGCAAGUUUUUGCCAUGGGAAGAAUGGACUCCUUGCAGUGCUACUUGUGGAAUAGGAAAACAAACCAGACAACGUCGAUGUAGAUUGGGAGGUUGUGUUGAAAAGGCAGAGAAGUCUUGUCGGGAAAGGGUUUGUGCUGGACCUGACGAUAAACAAUUUCAUCCAUGGGAAGAGUGGUCAGCGUGUGACGUCACAUGUGGAUCAGGCAAAGAAACAAGACGACGACGUUGUAAAGUAGGCGGUUGUGUCGAAGUUAACACAAGAACAUGCAGACAACCAAGUUGCACUGUUACAGAAAAGCCGGUGGCUUCUCCGAAACAAGGUGAAUGGAGUCCUUGGUCAGCAUGCAGCGCAACAUGCGGUGCCGGAGAAAUGAAACGAUCAAGGUCAUAUCCGGAAGGAUCGAGCGUUCAAGAACAACUUACAUAUUGUAAUAUACGACGAUGUUUGGAUGAAGACCCAGACAAAUACGCUGAUUGGAUGCCGUGGUCUGGAUGCAGCGUGACAUGUGACACAGGAGUUAGAUCCAGAGUUCGUUUUUGUAAAAUAGGAUCGUGCAGAGACACAGAAUCAAGCUCUUGUAAAAUGGAAGAUUGCGAAACUAACCUCGAGGACAAGUACGGGCCUUGGCAGGAAUGGGGUGAAUGUAGCAAAACGUGUGGAUUCGGAUUUUCAAUAAGAAAACGAUAUUGCAAUGUUGGAACAUGCGAACAAUCGUCCUCAAAGACAUGUAGAAUAGAGGCUUGUCCACCCGAUUACAAGGAAUGGGAACCAUGGGGUCCCUGUAGCGUAACAUGCGGAUCUGGGAUAUCCAAAAGAAAACGAUUUUGUAAAGUAGGAUCAUGUGAAGAAGAACAAGAAACAACAUGCGACAUGGAAAAGUGUGGUUCUGGAUGGGAAGACUGGGCAAAUUGGAACGGAUGCCAUAAAUCAUGUGGAGGCGGUUUUGAUUACAGAUUAAGAAGAUGUAGAGAACCAACACCGUCGAAAAACUGUCAAGGCGAUAACUAUGGUUACAAAAGAUGUAACACUCAAUCGUGCUCUGCAGGUAUCUGGGGCCCAUGGGGUGACUGGAGUAAAUGUACAGUCAGUUGUGGCACCGGUGAAAUCUCGAGAAGUAGAAAAUGUGCCCAAGGAGAAUGUGAUGGAGACGAGAAGGAAACUUCAGAAUGCAAUACCGUAGAUUGUAUCAAAGCCAAAUGGUCAGAGUGGGGUGAUUGGGGUGAAUGUAGUACGACCUGUGGUAAUGGUGAAAGGAGUCGUACCAGAACUUGUAUAGAUGGGAGGCAAUGGCAACCUGGCUGCCUGGGAAGUUUAAUAAUGAAAGAUGUAUGUGACGGACCACCAUGUAAACGAGCAUUAUGGAGCGAAUGGUCAACCUGGACAACGUGUUCAGUAUCAUGUGGUCGAGGAGAGACAACAAGAGAAAGAAUCUGUAUCGAUGGAAAUAUCGGUGACUCAGGUUGCAGGGGAGAUAGUGAAGCUAUAAAAAAUUGCUUCAGACCUGCUUGUAGAGUUGAUGCUAAAUGGUCGAGAUGGACCACCUGGAGUAAAUGUUCUGUUACUUGUGGGGGAGGAAGCAAAUCCAGGAGUAGAGAAUGUUUGGGCGGAAAGGUUGGCAACCCAGGAUGCUUUGGUGAAGAUCAACAGACGGAUGAAUGCAACACGAAUAAAUGUUUAACGAUGGGAACGUGGAACAACUGGUUAAAUUGGUCUACUUGUUCUGUGACCUGUGGUAUAGGAACAAUAUCACGGACUCGAGUAUGUGAUGGCGGAGACAAUUGUGAAGGGAAAGCUAAAGACUCAGAGAUUUGUGAAGAAGAUGAUUGUAACGGUGCAGCAAGUUGGGGAGAUUGGAGUGAUUGGAGUAUAUGUUCUGCUUCGUGUGGUAUCGGGCUAUCUUUGAGAAUAAGGAAAUGUGAAGGUGGAAGUAUUGGUGAUGAAGGAUGCAAGGAAGGAGGCCAGGAAUCGCAAAUGUGCAAUGAUAUGGAGUGCGACAGGGAACCCCAAGCUACUUGGAUGCCUUGGUCUGACUGGAGCGCAUGUCCCGUGUCCUGUGGUUCUGGUACACAAGCAAGGUCAAGAACCUGCUCAAAACCUGGAGAAUGCCAAGGAGAUCCAGAACAAGCAAGGAUUUGUAACGAAACCCCAUGCAACACAAAAGGUCGAUGGAGUGACUGGCAAAAAUGGGAGGAUUGUCCUGUACCCUGUGGAUCCGGUAUAAGUCGUCGUACAAGAACUUGCAUCGGCGGUGAAGUUGGUAAAGGUGGAUGCGUUGGAAGAAGGACGCAACAUAGAAGAUGCGAGAAACCAGAAUGCGAGUGGUCAGAUUGGGAACUUUUCGGCGCAUGUUCGGUUACAUGCGGAACAGGAACAAAGACUCGAACAAGAAAAUGUGCCGAUGGAGCGAUGGAAGUGACAAAAUGCGAUGGACCACAUCUAGAUGUAGCAGAAUGUAAAAGACCAGACUGUGCAUUCGAUCCAACGGUUACUUGUCAGAAGGUUUUCCGUCCAUUUAACAGCGAUAUGACUGCAACGAACGAAUAUCCUCAUCCACUUGGUACCGAAAUAACAUUUGAAUGUGAUAUUGGAUAUGAAACGAAGGGUGACAACAAGAUUAUAUGUAUGAAACAAGGCAGGUGGUCUGGUCCAGCUCCAUACUGUGCAGCACGAAGUUGCAGACGAAAUUUGAAGAGAGUCGAAAAUGGAAUGACUUGUCCUCCUAAAUGUGAAUCUGAUAAUCAAUGUGAAGGAAUUGGAUAUAAAUGUUUAUGUGAUGGAUGGUGUGGAAAAUCAUGCUUCAACCCAGAUGCUGAAUGCGAGCCUCUAAACUUGCCCGAAAAUGGUUACAUACUCAGUGGCCAUAAAACCUAUGGGUAUAAGGUAGAUUAUGGAUGUAAUCCCGGUUAUAUUCUGACCGGUGUUCAAAGCCGAGUAUGCAGAUCUGAUGGAAGAUGGACAGGAUUAGCUCCAAAAUGUUUCUCAUUCAACACACCAGGUAUAGCUGGCGACAUCGGGAACAUAUUAACAAAAAAUUCGUUGCAGCGUGUAAUUGGAGGAAAGUCUUCAAAAGCUGGUGCAUGGCCGUGGCAAGUUGUGGUACUUAGAAAUGAGAGGAACUUAUUAUAUAGAAGUUUGGACUCAUUGAUGGGUGGUGCGUCGAUUAUUAAUCAGAAGUGGAUUCUCACAGCCGCGCAUCUUGUUGCGGAGACGAAGAAGAUCAUAUUGGGACUAGGUGUCACCGAGAUACCAAAGAAAAAUUCUCAAAUCAAAAGUUGGGUGCAAUUCUUUGAGCCUGAGAUGUCAACAAAGCAUGAAAAAUUUGACAGAAAAAGUUUUGACUACGAUAUUGCUCUGAUUAAAGUAGGAAAACGGCUGAAGAUAGCUGAUGAUGUUUUCGUUGUGGACGAAGACGCAACACAUGGUGAAAUAACAUUCAGUCAAUAUGUUAGACCUGUUGCAUUGCCUUGUAUAAGUGCUUGCGAUAUAGAAGAAGAUUCCAAAAUUGAAAAUGGAAUUCCAUCUUAUUCCUUCGAUCAAACUCGUUGCAUUAAAUAUGGUAGGAAAAUCAAGUCUGUGGAGAAAGAAGAUGGCGUGGUAAUAACGGGAUUCGGAGACACAACACCAAAUACUAUGCUGAGCCAAAUAUUUGAUUUCCCUGAAUCGUUGCAGCAGAGUUUAUUAAAACUUCUUAAAUCUGACGAUUGUGUAAGUGGUGUUAAACGCAUAAAAGAGCAAUAUAAAUCCGCUCGAUUUACAAGCAGAAUGUUAUGCACUGGUAACUCUACGAGCAGGGAUGCGUGUCAGGGUGACAGCGGUGGACCAUUAGUAAGACAGGUCACAAACAAAGAUGGCGACAAAUGCUUUGUUCAGCUUGGUAUAAUCAGUUGGGGAUGGGGCUGUGCCAAUAAGGAUGAAGACGGUAUUCCAUACCCUGGACUAUAUGCGGAUACGUCUGUACUUAUGCAUUGGAUUGUCGGAACUCUCAACAAAUACGCUUGAAAAACGCAGAUUAUCUUCAACCAAAUAAGGGCCAAUGUCGAACUAUGUUUUAUUUACGCUUCCCGACUGCUGUUUAUCAAAGAAUCUUCUUUGGUCGGGUCACGUUUUCAUUCAUAGCAAAACCACGGUCUUAUGAUUCCAGUUAUUUUCAAGUUUAGACCUGACUCUACUAUUAUAUCCGAUGUAUAUGGGCAAUUUACCAUGUACAUUAUGUAAUUAAGAUUCUAUUGAAUCAGUAACCUAUAUAUUGUUUCCAUUUUAAUGUCUUUGUAUUUGAUAUUUUAUUAUCUAGGCUUAUUUUAUGCCUGAUCAUUCUUUGAAUUGGAUAAUUUAAAAUUUUAAGUUGAACGUUUUGCUUCCUAGAAGGUCUAGCUGUCAAAAUAGACUACCUUUUCAUUGCAGUAUGUUUGCCUUGAAUUUAAUAAAGAAAGCAUGUUCUGGAACAACGUAACUUUGGUAUUUUUUAUCAAGACUAGUCAAAACUUUAUUUGUGUUUUCCCCAGGAUUUACUCCUCGGUAUUUUAUACUGUCUAUUACAUGGCUUGUAAUUGCUUCCAAAGCGCUCUGCAUGAAAUUAGUUCGAUAUGUGUUCCACACAACUGUCCAAGAGUAUUAAUUUACAUGAGAUGAAUAUUUUUGAGCAUAAAGUUGUCUAAAGUUUUUUGAGCAUGGACCUAAACUCAGCUAAUCACUCUAGAAAAAUUUAUUUUUGAAGGCGGUUCCAGUAACCAAAUAAAAAGCGUCGACGGGAAACAUCUAAAAAUGUAUGUGUCAGCAAAUAAAUAAGUGUGCAUCAAGCUCAAGCUUGUAACAGAAAAAAUUUCUCCAGACAAUUUGAAGAAUUGGCUUUAAUUAAAUGAUCUAAUGCUGAGUUUGUUUAUGCCUUGUAUCCACGAACAUGUUGGUUUCACAUAUAUAUAUAUGUUCAAUUAAUAUCGUACAGUUUCGUUUUGGAGCAUUUUUGCAUUCAAAAUAUUGAACAUAUUUUCGGUGAAUGUAUUUUUUUUAUUCAAAUGUAGGCCACUAUGUUUUCCGCAUGAGGAAUCUGAACCGGCUUUACUCUCCCUCGGGGUGGAUAUGAAGUUUCUAUCCUUGUGCACUAUAAUUACAUCAAGUGCGCUAAUGUAUUGGCGUAAGAAUGCUGUGGAUGCUAUUGCGUAUAUUAUUUAAUAAAUUCAGUACAGAUAAAGG